GAGGCAUGGCGGCGCUGUGAGGGGGCUGAGCGGCCCCUGCGGCCCCGCGCGGCUCUGCCGCGUUCCGACCUUACCGGAGCGGGGCUGGUGCCUGCCUGCCUGCCGGCGGGGCUCGCCGCGGUGGCCGCGGGGUUGGUGCGCCCGGCGGCUCGCUGCUGCUCGCCUCGCAGCGCUCAAACCCGGGGCGAGGAGGGGGCCGGCAAGGGAUGGGGAGGCUUCCUCUGGGUUUGUGCUUCCACAGGACCUGUGCAGGGCUUUCGCGUUCUGGGCUUGGGCUUUAUAUUUGAGGAUUUAUUUUUAUUUUUUUUUCUCCGGUAGCUUUCCUGUUUCUUUGGACACGGUGUCUGUGCCCAGGGGGGUGAGGGUUCCCAUUUCUGGAGAUUCCUGUCUCACUUUGGAGGUGUUAGAAAGGUUCCAGUUUCCGUGUCAGGUGGAGGAGAUUGGGUUCCUGUGAAUGAGAGCGGAUUACUAAUCACUCAGCUCCUUUGUUUCUCAUCCACGUGUGUAUUUCUAGUCUAUUGGCUUUUGAAGUGUCUGCAGCAGGUUACCAGAUUUCAGCUUUGAGUUUGGAGGUUGGUGCCAGGAUCUGAUUCCCUGCCCCAAUGCAGAUACGGGCAUAGCCAGCACUGCUAGCUGGAGACCAAUGGUGGAGGAAAAUGGAAAGCCCUUAAUCAGAGAGCUUGUGAAAUUAAUCCACCUAAUUUUUAGAACUGAUGUCUCAGGGUGUGGUUUUGCAGGCAUGGUGAGCCCUGCCCUUUCAUCUGUCCAGCUGAAAGCAGCUGAGAGCAAACGUGCCUGAGAGGAACUGGAAUGCAGUGAGCAUGAGCUCCUGCCUUCCUUCUGCCAUUGCUGUGCUCUGUCCUUACUCACAUCUCUGUGCUGUUGCCUACCUCUUUGUGCCCCAGUGUUUUUCUUGACCCCUAUGCUCUGAACGCCAAAGCAGCAGCAGAACUGGCAGAAUAUAAAGUUAGUUUUCUGCCGUAAUAAGUUGAAGAGGCAAUCACUAGCAAAAGUGGAGGGGGAAGCCAGGCGGAAGGGGAGCUGAGCGCUAGAGGAGCAGUGAGUCACCGGGGGUUCAGCUGUCUGAGGAGCUGUACCCCAGGGUGCUACUGGCAAUGCCAGGCUGCGUGCACAGAGGGGGCAGGACUCAUCUCCCAGGCCUCCCUAACCCUGGCUCUUCUCCCGGCUGCUUCUGGCAUUCACAUGGCAAAAGCUGCCGGACUGGAGUAACUCAAUGGAUAGCAGUAUGCAGUGGAUUAUUACAGACAGCCGUGGUCCAAGGCCAGUGUAGAAGGAUGUUCCAUGGUAUUUUCCAGAGACAGGAGACUGGCCAGUUCCAACUGUCUAAAGCCUGUGGUGGAUUUAUUCAAGCCAAUGGAACCAUUAAACAGCUAAAUAGAACAUUUUACAAUACGAAUAAGCAUCUUUCUGCAAAAGAUUCCUUGCAGACAGAAGAGAAAGUGGGUCCUUUCACAAGGAUAAUAGAAGCAAUGGGUUUCACAGGACCUCUGAAGUAUAGCAGAUGGAAAAUUAAGGUAGCAGCUUUGCGCAUGUACACAUGCUGUGUGGAGAAAACUGACUAUGAGGAAUUCUUUAACAGGUGCCAAAUGCCUGAUACUUUGAAUUCCUGGUUCCUUGUAGCACAGCUUCAUGUCUGGAUGUGUCUGGUACGAAUGAAGCAAGAGGGUCGUGCCGGAAAAUACAUGUGUCGCUAUAUAGUUCAUUGCAUGUGGGAGGAUGUUCAACAGCGUGGUAAGGUGAUGGGGAUUAAUUCUGUUGUUCUAAAGGAAGAUUUGAGACGUAUGGUAGAAAAUUUCUAUGCAGCUCUAUUUGGAUAUGAUGAGGGAAUUUUGUCUGAUGAUCAUGUUCUGGCAGCAGCUCUUUGGAGAAACCUUUUUAACAGGAACUGUGAGGACCCUCGGCAUCUGGAGUUACUUGUAGAGUAUGUGCGUAAACAGGUGCAGCACCUGGACGCGCUGAGCGGGGAGGACCUGCUGUUGACGGGUGAGGUGAGCUGGAGGCCUCUUGUGGAGAACAACGCCCGCAGCAUCCUCAAGCCCCUUUCCCCUGUUUACAAUGACGAAGGACUGUGAGAGCAUCUCUCAAACCAGCUUGGGAAACAUGCCUGAAAUUGAACUAGGCAGAGGCUGUGAGGUCAGGAAGUGAAAACUGCUGUUGAAAAAGAGCAUAUUUAAAUAGAUGUCUUAUCUGUGGUAGCUGAAUAGCAAAUUGGACAGCCUUACUCUUCUGAAUAUUCACCUGUGAAUAAAGCUAGUUGGUUUGGGAACCUGUGUUCUUUUUAUGGCACUGCCUGGUCCUUGCAGACAAAUUGCAAGACCUGCCUUCCAUCUUGGGAAAACAGAUGUUUUACCAUGACUUAUAAUUAUCUCCAGAAGCCAUUUCUGUCCUUUGCCUCCUUUAGAGAGCUGCUACAUACAGACUGUAUGGUGUUCCUUUGCUUACUGAAUGGUUGUUAAUACAAAUCUGAGCUUUGCAUAUUAGAUGUUAAUAUAUCCUAAAAGCCUGAUAUCAAGAUGGCAUGGUCCAUUUUUGCUUUAAUAGAGUUAAGAAUUGCUUUAUCAGGUUCUGAAGGAUUUUCCAUGAAAAUCCUUUUUAGGAACUCUUUGCACAGGAAUAGGAAGAUGCAAAGAAUAAUGCAUGGUCCCCAGUAAUCCUCUAACUCUAGCCAUCUUAAUGAGGAAAAAAAGUCUGAAACAUGGCUGGGCUGUUGCUAAAGCUACCUCAGAGUACUUGAUAUUUCAGAGGAGCUCUGCCAUGCUGAUAUUUCCAUAUUCUUUUGAGAGCUGUGGUCUAAGAAUUUAUUCAUGAAAAUAACAUCUAUAUUUCUGUCCAUGGCUCUUAAUGGGAUAGGACUGUGCUGCCCCCCACCCCCAAUGCAGUGGUCCAGGGUUUUUCAACAAGAGCUGUCAACCCCAAUUAAAAGUUUAUAUGGCUGUGCAAGCAAAUUACCCCAACACAGUAAUUAUGGGAGCAAUAGCUCCACUGAUUAAAUCAGCAGAGGCUGAGGUGUACUGUGUAGGUGGAUGGUUCAUCAGGCUAUUUCCAGGUCAGUGACAAAAACAGUUUUCAUUUCUCUCAUGUCUAAAAUUGUAGUCUGUAAUAAAUGCCAGUCUGGGUAAAAA